UCGGAUGGUGGUGGUCCAAACAAGUAGGCUUUUCCCGCCAUCACUUUGCAUAACUAGCCGAAAGCUGAUGUGGCCGUUUGUCAAAGUUGCUGCCGCUGCGCCAGGACGUCAGCAUGCACGUCUCGGAAUCCGAUAUCUUCUUCCUUGCCGCAUACUACAACAUGUCCACCUUCUCUUUCCAGGGCUCCGGCAUACCUAGGGCCAGCAGAUAUCUGCUGGAACUCAGCCCGUAUGCAAAGGACCGCGAACAAGCAGACGCGCUGCACCCCGCCGACGCGAGGUGGAUUGAUACAAAGACCGGCCUCUUUAUGAAUGCGUACGCAGUCCGAUAUAACCUGAGCCAUCCAGAUAGCGAGGGCAGGCUAAGGCUGCUGAGCUGCAAAGACGGCAGUGAGAUCGUGCUAUGGUACCUAAGUCUGCACCGAAUUACGGAAGAAGACUGACGGACCGGGAUACGUACCUUUAUCCGCUGCGAGUCACAAUUUCGAGGGCGUACCAGCCAAGAUUCCGUUUCGCUACCGGGAACUGCUUGUUAUGGAGUAU